CCAGCGCUCCUCUUCUCACGUGCGAGAGUUGUCCUCUCCUCCAUCAUCCCUCUCCAUCUUCUCUUUUCCUUUCGCUUUAUUGCGUUCGCUCAGUCUGAAUCAAACAUGGCGGAGCAACUGGCGAAGAGGCCUCCGAAGGGAAUAUUAAAGCCUUCCAGCAGCUUCGAGUACACCGAAGCACGACGGCAGAGUACGCAGGAUCUCAAGUGGGAUGAACAAAACAUCAAGGAGACCUUUCAUCCAAAGAACAAGGACUACGGCUUCAUGAUUGUCGACGAGCCCAAGACACCGUACCACUACGACACGACCACUGACCCCGGAGGCGUCAACCCUCAACAAUUAGCUCAAAAAAUCGAGUCGGCUACAUCGAUGCAGCCCAGUGCGCUCACCCCAGCAGUUGUUCUUUCAGAAGAGCAAAAGAAGGCAGAGGAAGCAGCAAGAGAGAAGCAUCGGUUGUUCGAGGAGAGGCGCAAAAAACAUUACCACAUGGAGCGAUUUGCGCCUGCGGAGCACUCUGGCGAAGAGGAGGAAGAAGGGGAGGACAGCGAAGACUGACAUUGCUUGCGGCACAAGCCACACAGAACCUGCUCGUUGGCUGGUGCCAUGCGCACUGGCGCAGUCACGGAUCGCUUCCCGUUCGUCUGGCCACGCCAAGGUGUUCCGUGCGCCAACUGCCCAGCGUCAAAUUUUUCUUGUUUGCCAUGCCAUUGGUGGCACGUUGUCCUCAGUGACAGCCGUGUCCUAAGCCCACGAAAAAUUUCCCUUCGAGCCCUCGGCGUGACGAACAUGCCCGCUGCUUUUAGGGAAAAAAAGGUGGAACUGUGCUAAGCUUUUUUUUUUUUUCUUUUUGAUCACCUGCUAGCUAAUGUACAAUUUUAGAUCAAUUUUUUUUUUCUCAGACGCAGCGCCUGUAUAGUGUUUUAUGUACGCUCCCAUUCCAUUUCUUCGUUUCCCUCCUGCCCAUCCCCGCUAAUGGACUCUUCUGACAAGCUUGGGACACACAUAGACGAUACGGAAACGUGCAGUUCUGCGUUGCGUGCACUGCGAGGAAAUUAGUCAAGCGUCGCCCCGUGGUGUUGUGCGAGUGAUACGGUGUGCCGCUGCCAAGUGAGAGCCACUGCACUACAUCUGGCCAGCGGCCAGUCAAAGUCUUCCUAAGAGGCGGCCAGUUUGUUCUGCUUUGGGUGGUGAACUCUCUCGUGUGCUGGGGCACCCGUGGGUAAGGGGGGGCUUUGGGUGCGCGUAGGAGUCCUUGUGAUUGUGAUCCCCGGCCAUUAAAA